AUGCGCACGUUCAUGCUUUGCCCAGACUGCCGGCCUCCCUACGCACUGCAGACAAUUGCCCAACAAGUGACGGCGCCGCCUUUGCAGAGGUCCUUCUUAGCCAACGACAUAACCCUGCUCCAAGACGAAGUCGUGCUUCCGCAGCUGCAAGUCGACUUCAAGGCCGGCUUGUCGCCCUUCCCAGCAGCGUCACCCUUCCCGCACCAACUAGCAAGGAAUCAACUAGCCACAAACAACCUUUACGCCGCUUCAGCAGCCAGCAACCCCACUUAUACCCCUAUAAACCCCAAACAAACGACCGCGCCGAGAUCUGCUUCUUCGGCAAUGCCCCGUACAGCCUACAACAACAGCCCCGCUCAAGACCAUGCCUAUACAAAGGCUUCCUUCAGCUUCAGCAUGACGACGCCUUGUCUGCGCGUCCGCGCCGCCGUAGCAGCCGCAACAGCAGCUAGUAAUGCUGUCGCGCUCUUUGCGUUUCCUAAGUCCACCACUGCUACUUGCCUCUCUGGCAACGACUAUGGCACCGCUGCCACUAGCCUCUGUGAAGACCACGCAUCAACAAGGAAUCCAAAGGAAUUUGUCCUGUCGAUAUUACGAGAUGCGAAGGUCGAAGAAACUAAGGACAUAUUUAUUUCUAGAAAUACUGAUUUCAAAAGCAGCAACUCAGAACCAGGUUAA